UCAUUCGCGCCUUGUCCAGAUUAGAGUAUGGCGGAAGUACUGUAUAGGUUUUCGCAUAAUUUUGCUCAUGUAAUAUGAGGCUUUGGAUUUAUGAUUUAGAUAACGUACAUCGUAAGUAAUGCGCCCAAAAUUUUUGGAAAAAAGAGCGUAUCGGUGAACGACUUGAAUAAUUUGUGUUCUCUCCAGGGUGGCGUAAUCGCUACAAAGGUUGAUUUUUGUUAAAGUGCAAGAUGCCACAAGUAUUGGUGAAAAGAGAGAUGCCACAAGAAUUGAGUUGCCCAGUGUGUCUGGAGAUUUUUUUGGAGCCAGUGACCUUGCCUUGUAGUCAUAACUUUUGUAAAUCAUGCUUUCUGGAGGCCAUCGACAAAACCAACCUGUGUUGCCCACUUUGUAGGAAAAGAGUUUCCACAUGGACUAGGUGUCAUAGUCGCAACAAUACUCUAGUAAAUGAAGACUUGUGGAAAAGAAUUCAAGAAGAGUUUCCUGUUCAGUGUCAGCGUAGAAUGGCUGGUCUAGACCCGGAAGAAGAAGAUGAAAAAAGUGAUCCGAGUCCUCCUCCCCGACUGUGCAGUCCUGGAGAGCUGAGAAAGGAAUAUGAGGAGCAGAUGAGAAAGCUAGAAGAAGAAAAACAAGCACUGGAAGAAAAAGAGCGACAAGCAAGUGAAGAAUACAUUCAGAAACUACUGGCAGAAGAUGAGGAACGCAGAACGGAGGAAAGGCGUGUUGAGGAAGAGUUGCAGUUAAAAAAUGACGAAAGGCUAGCCUAUCUGCUUAGUGAAGAACUACAUAUAAGCUCUGUGUCUUCAAGACAGGAUAGUGCAAGAUCAUACUCAACUGGAAAAAAGAGAAAGAAAUCUGGACAUAUUGAAAAGUACUUAUCUCCUUUGCCGUUGCUUUCUUCAAGUUCUGCAGUGCAUCCAGAGACCAGCAGAAGUGCAAAGAAGUCCGUAAAGAAGGCAAAUACUUCAGCUAAUAUCAGAAAUGUAUUAUGGGAAAAUGACAUGCCAAUUUUAAACUGUCAUGAAAUGCAAGAUUUCUCCGAAACUGAAGCUGUAGAAAUGCUUGAAGAGUCUACAUCGGACUUAAUUUUCUCUGGAGGCAAUAAUAGUGAAGGAACUUCAGGGAUAAAUCGCCCUGCAGUUUCUUCAAACAUAAAUGACUGUGCAAUUUUAGGAAAACUUGCAAAAGUAAUUAAUAGAGUAACCAUCGACAAAAAUACUUGCAUUUUUAUGCCUAUGGAUGGAUCUGGAAGUACCAAUGUUCAUUUUAGCUGUAGAAGCUACCCCUUUCAGAGAAGCAAAGAACAAGAAGAACACCGUUUGAAUAACCAGUAUCCUCUAGGAAAUACUUUAAAAAGAAAGAUUUGGAUUGAUGCUGAUUUAGAGAACAGUUUCAGUAAUAAGAAAACACCAUUGCAGUCACUUGAAUGCAAUUUCCAGGACCAGCCCAACAUCCAUAUUAGUUCCCUACAUGUCCAGAAUUUGAAAGAACAGGAGAUGGAAUUCUUCAGGAAACAGCAACAGGAGGAGCAAGAUAGGAUGUUUGCUUUAGAGUUGCAGCAGAGAUUAAAUAAAGAAAUGAGAGAAGUUGUCAGAGUGAAAGGUUCUGAAAAUGAGUAUCAACUCCGUAGUAAAAUCCCAACAUUAUUUUCUCAGUCACAACCUGGUAACAGUCUAGAAGCAAGAUCUAAAAGCAGUUCAAGUUAUAUUCGUGCAAAACCUUCUGCAGCACAUCGAUCAGAUUUGAAAGUAUCAUCUGUUUCUAGUCCUCUGUCACCUACUGCUAAACCAAGAAAUACUAAACAACUAAAAAUAAGUCAAAUGUUCCAAGGUCAGGAUAAUUAAGAUUUACAGGCUUUCCUAGUUCACAUAUAGUAAUUUUUUUUUGUUUUGUACAAAAUAAUAGUUGCUCAGUAUUGAUGAAUAUCUGGUAAAUUGUGCAUAUUUGAAAUUUUGUGUAAGGUUAUUACUUAAGUUAGAUACACACCACAUUUUUUGUAUUUAAAUAAAAUGAUUGGUUACACAUUUGUAUUUAAAUUAAAGUAUCUGAAUUCCAAUUUUCAUACUGAUCACUAAAGAGUUUUUGUUGCGAUUUCCGAGAAAUUUCAAAUGAAAACUGAACAGUUUGUUCUCUGUGGAUUCUUAAAUU